AUGGCUGAUGGAGAUGCAGCAGACAUCCAGCUACGUGCAGGUUACAGCCUUUACAGCCUGGGUGUAAUGUCAUUUAACCUGAACUUUGCCUACAAGAAAAGGCUCUUUAUUGUGAUGCCCUUUAGGACUGAAAGUGAAAGGAAAAUCUGUCAACAGGAAGAUUCUGGAAUCAUUAAGCAGAUGGGAUCGUAUAUGGUAGUGAUUUCAUCAGACCAUGACCCGGGAGAAAAGACUCGACUUCAGCUUCCAACAAUGAAAGAAAAUGAUACUCACUGCAUCGAUUUCAGCUACCUUCUGUACAGCAAGAAUGGAGGAAACCCAGGCACUUUGAACAUCCUGGUUAGGGUGAACAAAGGACCACUGGCUAAUCCCAUCUGGAAUGUCACUGGUUCCACUGGCAAAGACUGGCUUCGAGCAGAGUUGGCUGUCAGCACUUUCUGGCCCAAUGAGUAUCAGGUAAUAUUUGAAGCUGAAGUCUCAGAUGGAAGAAAUGGCUACAUUGCCAUUGAUGACAUCCAGGUCCUGAGUUACCCUUGCGAUAAAUCUCCACAUUUUUUGAGGCUGGGGGAUGUAGAGGUCAAUGCAGGGCAGAAUGCUACAUUUCAGUGCAUUGCUACAGGGAGAGAUGCAGUGAAUAACAAGUUAUGGCUCCAGAGAAGAAAUGGGGAAGAUAUUCCAGUUGCUCAGACUAAAAAUAUCAAUCACAGAAGAUUUGCAGCUACCUUUAAGUUACAAGAGGUGACAAAAACCGACCAGGAUUUAUACCGCUGUGUAACGCAGUCAGAGAGAGGUUCUGGAGUCUCAAACUUUGCUCAACUUAUUGUUCGAGAGCCACCUCGGCCAAUAGCACCCCCGCAGCUGCUGGGCGUUGGGCCCACGUACUUGCUCAUCCAACUGAAUGCCAACUCCAUCAUUGGGGAUGGCCCCAUUAUCCUGAAAGAAGUGGAGUACAGGAUGACAUCUGGGACUUGGACCGAGACCCACGCUGUCAAUGCACCAACAUACAAGCUGUGGCACCUGGACCCUGACACUGAAUAUGAGAUUCGGGUCCUGCUCACCCGCCCGGGGGAAGGUGGCACGGGGCAGCCAGGACCACCACUCAUCACCAGGACCAAGUGUGCUGAACCGAUGAGAACGCCCAAAACACUGAAGAUUGCUGAGAUCCAGGCCAGACACAUUGCCGUGGACUGGGAAUCUCUGGGGUACAACAUCACUCGUUGCCAUACUUUCAAUGUCACUAUAUGCUACCACUACUUCUGUGGACACAAUGAGAGCAAAGCAGACUGCCUGGACAUGGACCCCAAAGCACCUCAGCACGUUGUGGAUCGUCUGCCUCCCUACACAAAUGUCAGCCUCAAGAUGAUCUUAACCAACCCAGAAGGGAGGAAGGAAAGCGAGGAGACCAUUAUCCAGACAGAUGAAGAUGUGCCAGGCCCUAUACCUGCCAAAUCAGUGAAAGGAACUCCUUUUGAAGAUAAGAUCUUCCUCAACUGGAAGGAACCUGUGGAUCCAAAUGGCAUCAUUACUCAGUAUGAGGUGAGCUAUAGCAGUAUACAGUCAUUUGACCCUGCAGUUCCGGUGGCAGGACCUCCACAGACAGUCUCCAAGCUGUGGAACAGCACACACCACGUCUUCUCUCACCUACACCCUGGUACUACUUACCAGUUCUUCAUACGUGCAAGUACCAUCAAAGGGUUUGGACCAGCAACUACCAUCAAUGUAACAACCAAUAUCUCAGCUCCCACUUUACCAGACUAUGAAGGAGUAGAUGCAUCUCUCAAUGAAACUGCUACUACAAUAACUGUACUCUUGAGACCUGCACAGGCCAAAGGUGCACCUAUCAGUGCCUACCAGAUUGUUGUUGAAGAGCUGCACCCGCACCGAACAAAGCGAGAAACUGGUGCCAUGGAGUGCUACCAAAUCCCUGUCACCUAUCAGACUGCCCUUAGUGGAGGCUCACCAUACUACUUUGCUGCUCAGCUGCCCCCAGGAAACCUGCCAGAGCCAGCCCCCUUUACUGUGGGUGACAACAGGACGUACCAAGGUUUCUGGAACCCGCCGCUGGCUCCUCGGAAAGGCUACAACAUCUACUUCCAGGCCAUGAGCAGCGUUGAGAAGGAAACCAAAACUCAGUGUGUUCGAAUAGCUACAAAAGCAGCAGCAACAGAAGAACCUGAGGUGAUUCCAGAUCCUGCUAAACAAACAGAUCGAGUGGUGAAAAUAGCAGGAAUAAGUGCUGGAAUUCUGGUAUUCAUCCUACUUCUCCUUGUUGUCAUAUUGAUCGUGAAAAAAAGCAAACUUGCAAAGAAGCGCAAGGAUGCCAUGGGAACCACCCGUCAGGAGAUGACCCACAUGGUGAAUGCCAUGGACAGGAGUUACGCCGACCAGAGCACUCUGCAUGCAGAGGAUCCCCUGUCAAUCACAUUUAUGGACUCACAUAACUUCAGCCCCAGAUUGCCCAAUGAUCCACUUGUGCCGACAGCUGUGUUAGUGCCUAUUACUGAUGAAAAUCACAGUGCAACAGCUGAGUCCAGCCGACUCCUGGAUGUCCCUCGUUAUCUCUGCGAAGGCACAGAAUCCCCGUACCAGACUGGGCAGCUGCACCCUGCCAUCAGGGUGGCUGAUCUCCUGCAGCAUAUUAACCUAAUGAAGACCUCUGACAGCUAUGGAUUUAAAGAGGAGUAUGAGAGUUUCUUUGAGGGGCAGUCAGCUUCUUGGGAUGUCGCUAAGAAGGAUCAAAACAGAACAAAGAACCGCUAUGGAAACAUUAUAGCAUAUGACCACUCCAGGGUGAUUUUGCAACCUGUUGAAGAUGAUCCAUCUUCAGAUUACAUUAAUGCCAACUACAUAGAUAUUUGGCUGUACAGGGAUGGAUAUCAGAGACCAAGUCACUACAUUGCAACCCAAGGUCCAGUUCAUGAGACUGUUUAUGACUUUUGGAGAAUGAUAUGGCAGGAGCAGUCAGCUUGUGUUGUGAUGGUCACAAAUUUAGUGGAAGUUGGAAGAGUCAAGUGUUACAAGUACUGGCCUGACGACACUGAAGUUUAUGGGGACUUCAAAGUGACUUGUGUAGAGGUGGAGCCCCUCGCGGAAUACGUUGUCAGGACCUUCACUCUGGGAAGGAGAGGCUACAAUGAAAUCCGUGAAGUUAAACAGUUUCAUUUCACUGGCUGGCCAGAUCAUGGAGUUCCUUACAAUGCCACAGGACUGCUUUCCUUUAUACGGAGAGUCAAAUUAUCUAACCCUCCUAGUGCAGGGCCUAUUGUUGUCCACUGCAGUGCUGGUGCUGGACGGACAGGCUGUUAUAUUGUGAUUGAUAUCAUGUUGGAUAUGGCAGAAAGAGAAGGGGUUGUGGAUAUCUACAACUGUGUCAAAGCUUUGCGGUCCCGGCGCAUCAACAUGGUACAAACUGAGGAGCAGUACAUCUUUAUUCACGAUGCCAUUCUAGAAGCUUGCCUGUGUGGAGAAACUGCCAUUCCUGUCUGUGAAUUCAAAGCUGCUUAUUUUGAUAUGAUUAGAAUAGACUCUCAGACAAACUCUUCACAUCUCAAAGAUGAGUUUCAGACCCUGAAUUCUGUGACCCCUCGCCUGCAGGCGGAGGACUGCAGCAUCGCCUGCUUGCCAAGGAACCACGACAAGAACCGCUUCAUGGAUAUGCUGCCACCUGACAGAUGUCUGCCUUUCUUAAUUACUAUUGAUGGGGAGAGCAGCAACUACAUCAAUGCUGCUCUUAUGGACAGCUACAGGCAGCCGGCAGCUUUUAUUGUCACACAACAUCCUUUACCAAACACUGUGAAAGAUUUCUGGAGAUUAGUGUACGACUAUGGCUGUACUUCUCUUGUGAUGUUAAAUGAAGUCGACUUAGCACAGGGUUGCCCACAAUACUGGCCCGAGGAAGGGAUACUGCGGUACGGCCCCAUCCAAGUGGAAUGCAUGUCGUGUUCCAUGGACUGCGAUGUCAUAAACAGAAUUUUCAGGAUAUGCAAUCUAACAAGACCACAAGAGGGCUAUCUGAUGGUGCAGCAAUUCCAGUAUUUGGGAUGGGCUUCUCAUAGAGAUGUACCAGCUUCCAAGAGAUCCUUCUUGAAGUUGAUUCUCCAGGUAGAAAAAUGGCAAGAGGAAUGUGAAGAAGGGGAGGGCCGGACCAUCAUCCAUUGCCUAAACGGCGGUGGCCGGAGCGGGAUGUUCUGUGCCAUCGGCAUCGUGGUUGAGAUGGUGAAAAGGCAGAAUGUGGUGGAUGUUUUCCAUGCCGUGAAGACCUUGAGGAACAGCAAGCCCAACAUGGUAGAAACUCCGGAGCAAUAUCGUUUCUGCUACGAUGUUGCACUGGAGUACCUGGAAUCCUCUUAGUCGGAAAGGAUGUGACAAAGUUCACCAAAUAUAUGAAUCUCAAUAAGCUGUUUUGACAACAGUUCUUGAUCCUGUGAAGAAAGA